AUGUCUACUACCUUAACAUCUCUCAAAAAAUCACGACCCUCCAUCAACCACCUCUACGUAAUCCAACGGCUCCAAUCCCGGCACCUCUCUACUCCACCACAAUCCAGUACUUCUCUCCCUCUAAUCGCUACCUCCACGUCCAAUACUGACAAUCGCACAAACAAAACUCUUUCUAGAUUGUUCUCCGGCCUCGCUGCAGGCGCCACUUUUGGCUUACUAUACUGUUCAGUGAACGAUUCUGACACGACACCGUUUUUCUCCUUCGCUGACUGGUCAACGGACAAUGAUCGGCGCUCGAUUUCUUUAUUUCCCAAACUAUCCUUACCUGAUUACACCUCUAGUUACAUUUUUGGAGAUGCGUUUAGGAGAAAGAUUUUCUUCAAUUACGAGAAGCGAAUAAGAUUAAGGAGUCCUCCUGAGAAGGUUUUUGAGUACUUUGCGUCUGUUAGAACACCAGAUGGUGAGAUGCUUAUGAAACCGGCAGAUUUAAUGCGAGCGGUUGUUCCGGUUUUCCCUCCAUCUGAAUCCCAUGUUGUUAGAGAUGGAUACUUGAUAGGGGAAAGGAAUCCCGGCGAGUUAAGAUGCGAUCCUUCGGAAUUUUUCAUGCUAUUUGAUGUGAAUAACGAUGGCCUUAUAUCUUUUAAAGAGUACAUCUUUUUUGUUACGCUUCUCAGUAUCCCGGAAUCAAGCUUUACUGUCGCUUUCAAAAUGUUUGACAUUGACAAUGAUGGGGAAAUAGAAAAGGAAGAGUUUAAGAAAGUGAUGGCAUUGAUGCGAGCUCAUAACAGACAAGGGGCUGUCCACAGGGAUGGUCUUCGAACGGGGUUGAAAAUUCAUGGUUCUGUGGAAAAUGGAGGUUUGGUGGAGGACUUCUUUGGCAAAGAUGGAAAGGCACGCCUCCAACUUGAUAAAUUUGUUCAAUUUAUGAGACGUUUGCACGAUGAGAUGUUGAGAUUGGAAUUUGCACAUUAUGAUUACAAAUUAAGAGGAACCAUAUCUGCUAAAGAUUUUGCGCUAUCCAUGGUUGCUUCUGCUGACCUGAGUCAUUUAGGCAAGUUGCUUGAUCGGGUUGAUGAACUACAUGAUCGAGCCAACCUCAGUGGCUUACGCAUAACAUUAGAGGAGUUUAAAAGCUUUGCAGAGUUGCGUAAAAAGUUGCAGCCGUUUUCUUUGGCCCUCUUUAGUUACGGCAAAGUAAAUGGCCUAUUAACGAAGGAGGACUUCCAAAGAGCUGCUUCCCAUGUUUGUGGAGUCUCCCUCAGCGACAGUGUGGUUGAGAUCAUUUUCCAUGUGUUUGACUCAAAUCGUGAUGGAAGUCUAAGUGCAGAUGAGUUUGUAAGAGUUUUACGCAAACGUGAAAGGGACAUUGCACAACCAGUGGAAUCAGGACCCCUGGGAUUUUUGUCUUGCUGCGCAAAGUGUGCAGAUAACAACUCCAUUGAACGGUUCCUUUCUUAA